AUGGUCUGUCGCGUGGGCGCCGCCCGUCUCUUCACACGGGCAGCCGUAUCAUCUAAACUACCAUUAUCCAGAUACGCAAGUCUCGUCCUGGCCUGCAUCUGCUCCUCUAACGAAGCUGGCCACAUAGCUCAUUUCCAAUCCGGCGCUGCCACCAAGACGCCGUCCACCGUAACGAUCCGCGGACACACAUGCCAAGCAGACCCGGAUUGGUUCAACAUCCCCGACAAUGUCCUCGAUUCUGCUACGCGCCGUCUGCAUCUUCAGAAAGACCACCCCGUCUGCAUCACUCGCCAAAUCAUUCAGGCCAACUUUCCCACGCCCACUUUCAAAUAUCACAACGACUUUAGUCCCGUCGUGACGACGCGGCAAAACUUUGACUCGCUCGGCUUUCCUGCCGAUCACCCCGGCCGCGCCCGCUCCGACACGUACUACAUCAACGAUACCACCCUCCUUCGCACCCACACGAGCGCUCACCAAGCCGAGACCUUUUCCGCCAACGAGAGCGACGGCUACCUCAUCUCCGCCGACGUUUACCGCCGCGAUGCCAUUGACCGCAGCCACUACCCGGCCUUUCACCAGAUGGAAGGAGCCCGCCACUGGGACCGUGACCGUGUGCCUGGCGGCGACGUGGCGGCCGCUGUCCUGCGCGACCUCGAGGCGCUGCCCAAGCACAACGUCGUCGUCGAGGACCCGAAUCCGCCGUGGCAUGCGGAGCGCAAUCCCGUCCAAGAAGAGCAUCAUUCCAACGCUGAAGCCGAGGCCAUUGGCGCGCACCUGAAGCGCUCGCUCGAGAACAUGGUGGUGGAUGUCUUUUCGCGAGCCAAGGCUGCUGCCAAGAGGGCAGACCCCAACUUUGUAGACGAGCCGCUCAAGAUGAGAUGGGUGGAAGCCUAUUUUCCCUUUACCAGCCCCUCGUGGGAGCUCGAAGUCUACUACGCCGGAGACUGGCUAGAGGUCCUGGGUUGUGGUGUGGUCAAGCAGGAUCUCUUCAUCAACGCCGGUGUUUCGUCGCAGCUAGGCUGGGCCUUUGGCAUUGGAAUCGACCGCAUUGCUAUGCUACUAUUCAAGGUUCCCGAUAUCCGGCUGUUUUGGUCGCGUGAUGAUCGAUUUAUUUCGCAAUUCACGGGAGUCUCAGACAACCUAGACAAGUUGAAGCUGUUUACGCCCUUUUCCAAAUACCCACCAAGCCCUCGCGACGUCUCAUUCUGGCUCCGGUCCUCUUCCUCCUCGGCGGCCGGCGGAAACACCAAGAACGCCUUUCACGAAAACGACAUCAUGGAGCUCGUGCGCAACAUUGCUGGUGAUGUUGUCGAAGAUGUACGGCUCAUUGACGAGUUUACACAUCCAAAAACGGGCAGGAAGAGCAUGGCAUACCGCAUCGUGUACCGAAGUCUGGAGAGAACCCUGACAACGGAAGAGGCCAACAAGUAUCAUAACGACGUUAGAGAAGCCCUUGUCAAUGAGCUCGGAGUAGAGCUACGGUGA